GGCUCAGAGGCUACACUUCCCAGCGUGUCUAUUCUAUAACACUGAUCUAAGAACAUAACCAUAUACAUAACCUGUAAGUUACUCUCAGACAGAAUAGUUACCGUAUUAAAUUUAUUAAUCAUCUGAAUUUUGAUUAGUUUUAUUGUAAUUAUUGUUUUAUUUAAAAUCAAUACAAAAGUCAAAUUCUUGAAUUUCCUCAUCACUGUAUUUCUAUGAAGUUUGCGAUACAAUAUGGAUAGGUUUGAUUAUUGCAAUUUUAAGCUGGAGGAAAAUGAGACAUUUUUGAAGACUGAAAAAGGAGUAAAGUUAUACGAUGGUGAUUUGAAGACUUCAUUUCAAGGAGGUGAACUAGUUUUGACAAACUAUAGACUGUUGUGGGGUGAACCAGGUGACAUAUCCAAGUGUCUCAAGUGCUUGAGUCUCUCGUUGUCUUACAUAGUAUUUGUUGAAGAGCAGCAGUCAGAAACAUUUUUCUCCAAGUCGAAAAAGCUUAUAAUACAUUUAGCUGAACCCGAAACAGGGAAAGGGCUAAGUCCAUUAUAUAAUUCAAAUACUUUUAUAAAACUCUCUUUCAAAGAUGAUCUGGAUAGUCACUUCUUGAUAUCUCUGAAUGAAGCAAUAGCAGCUCGAGCAUGGCAGAGAAUGCGAUCCUCACCUCAGGCUUCCACAUCUCAAAAUGCCCAGGGAAUCAAACUGAGAACUGGUAUUGUUGGCAUUGAGAGAGGUAUUCAAGAGAAACAAAAAACUACAGAUGAGAAUAUAUCAGCUGCAUUCAAAGAUCUGAAUAAACUAAUGAGCAUGGCAAAUGACAUGGUCAAGAUCUCAAAAGCUAUAUCUUCCAAAAUCAGAGAGAAGCAAGGCGAUAUAACUGAAGAUGAAACAGUUCGAUUCAAGUCCUAUCUUCUGAGUCUUGGUAUAAAUGAUCCAGUUACCAGAAACUCUUUCAACAAUGAUAAUCAGUAUUACCAGAGUUUGGCUCGACAAUUGGCAGAAAUAAUGGAACAGCCAAUCAUUGAAGUUGGAGGAAUUAUGUCGUUAACGGAUGUCUACUGUCGAGUGAACAGGGCUCGAGGCUUGGAGCUACUCAGCCCAGAAGACCUGCUAGCAGCCUGCCAACUUCUCGAUCACUUGAAACUCCCUCUAAGACUGAGAGAGUUCGAGAGUGGUGUCAAAGUUCUGCAACUCCAGUCUCAUUCGGAUGAAGUUAUUGUUGCAGAUACAACGGCAACCGUGAAGGAGAAUGGAUCGUUCAGUGCAGAGCAACUCGCCCAAUCGUUAGGCAUCUCUGUAGUUCUCGCUAAGGAAAGACUGCUCACCACCGAACAGCAAGGCUGCAUUUGUAGGGACGAGUCGAUCGAGGGACUGAGAUUCUAUCCAAAUUUGUUUCUCCAUGAAUGAAUGUUUGUACAUAAUUGUUAUUGUAUCAUUAAAUAGGAUAAGUUUUUUGUUUAUUCA